GGGGUGGUGAAAUGCAAAGUUGUUUGUAGAUGGGGUAUAAUUAAUGAGUGAGAAGAAAAGAAAUAAAGAAAGCAACUCGUGGCUUUGUCAUCUUUCUUGCUUAUCUACACACACUCUCACACACACACUCAACUCUCUCUCUCUCUCUCUCUCAAUCUCUCCCUCUCUCAAUCAAUCAUUUAACUGAGCUCUGAUCUUGAUCCAUCUUGCUUCUUGAUUCUGCAACUUUUGUAUUGCAUCUCUCUCUAGCCAGCCAAUAGCAUGGAUUGCUCUCCCUCUCCAAGCCUGGACCUCAAGAUUUCAGAAGAAAAAUCAGAUACUCAGACUUCAAAGAAAAGGAAAAUGUCAGAGAAGACUGUUGUGACAGUGAAGAUAGAGGCCAAUGAAAACAAGAAACACAAGAAUGAAGGGCCACCUUCUGAUUCUUGGUCUUGGAGAAAAUAUGGGCAAAAACCCAUCAAAGGAUCCCCUUAUCCCAGGGGAUAUUAUAGAUGUAGCACUUCAAAAGGUUGUUUAGCCAAAAAACAAGUGGAAAGAUGCAGAACUGAUGCUUCACUUCUUAUUAUCACUUACACUUCUAGUCAUAACCAUCCAAAUCCUAAAGAGCUAAAAGAAGAACUGGAACAAGAGAAGGAAGAAGAGCAGGAAGAAGAAGUUAAAAUCGACAGUCUUGAGGAACCAGAAGAUCGAAAAGAAGUAGAAGUGAAGGAUCAAGGGUACUCAUUUGAUGAAAAUGUUGGUAGUGAGAAAAUUACUAGUGAUUUUCACUACAUACAUUCUCCAUUGAGUGGCUCUGAGCAUCAAGGUAUCAUUUCUGAUAUCAAGCAGGAAGAAGGGAUCCAGUUUACGGAGAAUUUCGAGAAUAUUUUGUUUGAUGAGAAGGAGAAGCCACUCUGUUAUCCUCAUCUGAUGACCUUUGCCACACCAAAAUCAGAGGAAAAUGACUUCUUUGAUGAGCUUGGAGAACUGCCCACAUCAUCCUCUUUCACCAGCUUCUGGAGGGGGAAUUUCUUUGAGGACAGGAUUCUUAUUCACUUGUCUUAGAAAUAAAACUGCUUUUUGUUGUUAUUGCAUCUUUAGGAAAUGUACCUGAUUGUUCAUAUAAUACAUAAGUUUUACUAGAA